AUGCAAAGAAUUCUCCAACAUCUGCAAGAAAACACAGAAAGCGAGACCGAACACUACAUAUCCUACGAUCAAGACGAUUUCAUCGAUUGCGGUUUUUUCGAAUCUCACAAUCAAGACCAUGAUAAUAACAACUCCAAAUGCACGCUUAUCGUAAACACAAUCUUGAGCUGGCCCGCCCGGCUCAAUGCCCUCCAGCUGGCACCCACAAUCAUUUUCUUCAUGGUUUUCGCCCCUUUUCUGACGAAAAACGGCCGGUGCACGGCCUUGGACCAGUGGCUGACGAGCGGCUUCACAGCCAUUUUAGCCGCCUUAUCCGCAUUUUUUCCCAUCACAGACAGCUUCCGGAUGGCCAAUGGGAGAUUGUGCUAUGGUGUAGCGACAGUCCAUGGGAUUAGGACGUUCGGUGGGCAUCAGCCACACGAGCUUUCAGAUUAUAGACUGAGAUGGGGCGAUUUGUUUCGUGUAUUGCUUUCGUUGAUUGCGUUUCUUGCAUUUGCAUUGCUGAAUAGAGAUGUGGUUAGCUGUUAUCGUGUGGUUUUGUCGAGAGAGUUUAUGGAUUUGGGUCGGAUGGUGGUUUGGUUUGUGGUGAAUUUGUUAAUUGUGUUUUUCCCUUCUGAGAGGAGAGGGAUUGGGAAUACUUUCUAG